AUGGGACCCAUCCGUGCGUGGACGCUUGCUGCACUGGCAGUGAACAAGGCUUUGGGGCAAGUUGACUGUUCCGGGCAAGGAACAACAUGGGGCCCAGGCAUCGGUCCUCCCCCUGACGGAUGCGGCAGCGGUGCUCCUAGCGGUGGUGCGCCAGGGGGAACCGCAACCUGCACAAACCCCACUUGUGCAAGCCCUCCCUGUGCUGCAGCACUGCUUGGCGAUGUGGGCUGCACCACGGUUUCGGGAACUGAAACUUUGGCCCACGAGCUGGUUGCAGCAGGGGGAACAAUCGCAUCCAACGCGCACAUCUACGGGCCUUUUGAGGCUGGCUUCACGGAGACGCAGAAAUCCAUCAUCGAGAACUGGGGCUGCACUGACCCGUCCCUGGUGUACGACACGGAAGGUGGCAAAGACAUCGGCAUUGCAGAGGGCCAUGUGGCACACAUGUGCAACAUCGAGUUGCCACGCACCGUUGGUAGCAAGUACUAUGGCGUAGUGGGGCCAUGCGGUGGCCACACAGGAGACUAUCACUUCCAUCGGAGCUUCAGCUGCCUCUACGCAGCAUCUGGCGGUCACUCCACGAAGGUGGGGGUAGUGGCUGGCCACAACAUCUAUGGCAAGUGGGAGGACUACGACAACAACAAGCUGCCGCUGUUGGACGCCUGCGGCGGGCACAUCGGGCCCACACCGGAGAGCUCCACGCCGGUCUACCACUACCACGUGCAGGAUCAGGCUCCUUUCACAGUGGGCUGCCACGGCCCCAGCGCCAGCGGAGGGUUGGUGAGCUUGGCCACGUGCCGCUCUCUGUACGCAGACAGCUGCGGUGCCAACAAAGACGUUGUCAGCGUCAGCCUGAAGACAGGCAGCGUCCAGUACGCGCGAUUCUGCCCGUGCUUUGACGCCACGGGCUCCAACGUGGGCACGCAGGAGCUUCCUGCUCUCCUUACCAGCGAGAUCUCCUACACCGCAGGCAGCACACCCAGCACUGGUACUUCGUCCACAGCGGCAUCAGACUCGAGCACGCAAUCCACGACCGUAGCGGCAGACGCCACCUCCGAUGCAGUCACGUCGGGAGGCUUUCUCUCCAGCAAGGUGGGUUGGGCACUUGGUGCAGCCAGUUGCCUCGCCGUAGCGCCCGAUGCGCGCUGA